UUUUUUAACCACAUCCGAAGCGACUAAGGAGGGACGGGGUUAAAAAGGUAAAAGGGCCACAACGACCACGACCAAAAGUUGGCCGCCAGGGUUUUACACUCCCCCGGACCUUUUUUCUGCACUUAUUGCUGUUAGAAGUAGGGUUUUUCUUGCGGGAGUAGAGAAGAGCUUUGAUAAUCUAAGGAAAAUGAAUAAUCUGAAGCUCUCAUGGGAGCUCCCUGCGAAGCUUGAAUUGCAAUCCGAGGAUGAGGUUGUUCAGUUCUCUGCGUUCGACGUGGAGCGCAACCGCCUCUUUUUCUCCUCUUCCGCCAACUUCAUAUACACCACGCAGCUUCCAUCUUCUCAAGAAGCCACAUGGGCAUCGAAUUCUUUCUCUGUCGCUGUUGAGCCUAUCGAUUUAGAACCAGGGGACUAUAUCACUUCCUUGGAUUAUCUGAUGGAGAAGGAAGCAUUGAUAGUUGGAACAUCUUAUGGACUCCUAUUGCUUUAUAAUGUUGAUGAUAAUGUCACAGAGGUCGUUGGCCGGGUAGAGGGUGGUGUUAAGUGCAUUUCACCUAGCCCAGAUGGAGAUUUGCUCGGUGUAAUUACCGGUUUCGGUCAGAUACUAAUCAUGACUCAUGAUUGGGAUCUGUUGUAUGAGAUGGCUCUUGAUGACCAUGCUGAGGAUGUUGACGUACAUGAACCAAUUAUUUCUUCCAAUUAUUCAUGUGAGAGUCCCAUCUCAUGGCGGGGCGAUGGGAAAUUCUUUGCAACAUUGAGUAAGGUGCUUGACUCCUUUCCCUCACAGAAAAAGCUUAAAGUUUGGGAACGGGAUUCAGGUGCCCUUCACUCUGUUUCAGAAUCAAUGGUUUUCGUGGGAUCAAUUUUGGAUUGGAUGCCUAGUGGGGCAAAAAUUGCUACUGUUGGUGAUCAGAGAGAGGGAAAGAAGUGCCCAUCAAUAGUUUUCUUUGAAAGGAAUGGAUUACAAAGAAGUUCUUUUAGUAUAAAUGAAGAAAUCGAUGCGAAAAUAGAAUCCCUGAAGUGGAAUUGUAAUUCUGAACUUCUUGCUGCUGUUGUUAGAGGUGGAAAUCAUGACUCUAUUAAGAUUUGGUUCUACAGUAACAAUCAUUGGUAUCUAAAGCAUGAGAUCAGAUACGUAAAGCAGGAUGGAGUUAAAUUCAUGUGGAAUCCGGUAAAGCCACUGCAGUUAAUUAGUUGGACUUUUGAUGGUCAGUUAUUAAUACAAAACUUUAAUUGGAUCACCGCUGUCACAGACAACUCAUCAGCAUUCGUCAUCGACGACUCUAACAUCCUUGUAACCCCGCUUGCUCUUUCUCUCAUCCCACCUCCAAUGUCUUUGUUCACCCUAAGAGUCCCUGCGGCAGUUCGGGAUCUAGCUUUCUUUUCUCGGAAUACAAUGAACAGUUUGGUUGCUCAUUUGUCGGAUGGAAGGUUGUGUGUUGUAGAACUUCCAGCCCUUGAUAUGUGGGAUGAGCUAGAAGGCACAGAAAUCAUAGUUGAGGCUGUUUCAUGUGAUUUUAGAUUUGACUCUUUGAUGCACUUGGUUUGGUUGGAUUCUCAUAUGCUUCUAUGUUCUCAUUCUGGUGUCAGUCAGGGGAACUCUGCAGCAACAAAUAUAUCUGGGAAGUAUGUACAUCGUAGCUCUUCUUAUUUACUGGAAAUUCAGCUUAGUUGUUCUGAAAAUCAUAUACCAGGGUCAGUAACCAACUCAGGCUGGCAAGCGAUAAUGUCGAAUCCAAUUUCUCUUGAAGAGCAGGUAAUUGGUAUCAUUGCAGACCCCCUUCGAAGAUUUUCAGCUUACAUUCAGUUGGAUGGGGGGAAAAUAGUGCAGUAUAUGUCCAAGUUAGGGGAUAAUAGAUUGAUUCCUCUUCAGAAACGUGAUGACAUGUGCUUCUCAACAACAUGCCCGUGGAUGAUUCUGGCUGUUGCGGAAGAUUUUGGAUCACGAAAGCCCUUACUUCUUGGUCUCGAUGACAAUGGUAGGGUUCAACUGGGUGGAAGGAUAUUAUGCAACAAUUGCAGCAGUUUCUCAUGUUACUCCAGUGCGGCUAACGGAUCAACCUCACACAUAAUUCUUUCAACCAAGCAGGAUUUGUUGUUUAUUGUAAGUAUUGAUGAUAUCCAAAAUGAACAAUUAGAUGCAAAGUAUGACCGCUUUCUACCUGUUUUUAAGAAGAGAAAUGAAGAAGAUGGAAGAAAAUACAUAAAUAUAUGGGAAAGAGGUGCCAAAGUAAUUGGUGCUUUGCAUGGAGAUGAGUCAGCUGUUGUACUUCUGACAACUCGAGGAAAUCUUGAAUGCAUUUACCCGCGAAAGUUGGUCCUGGCUUCAAUUAUCAAUGCUUUGGUACAGAGACGCUUUAGAGAUGCAUUGUUUAUGAUUCGUCGCCAAAGGAUUGAUUUUAAUGUUAUUGUUGACCACUGUGGUUGGAAAGCCUUUCUUCAGCUUGCUCCUGAAUUUGUCAAACAGGUGAACAAUUUGAGCUAUAUAACUGAGUUUGUUUGUGCUGUAAAAAAUGAAAAUGUCAUCAAUACAUUGUACAAGGACUACAUAGCACUACCUUCUCAAAGUAGUAUCAACACGGUAGAGUCUGGAGAUUUUAGUGAUUUGAAUAAAAAUAACAAGGUCUCAGUUGUCCUUCUGGCCAUAAGAAAGGCCCUUGAGGAGGAAAUAGCUGAAUGUCCUCCAAGAGAACUUUGUAUCUUGACAACUUUAGCAAGAUGUGAUCCACCAUUGCUUGAGGAUGCCUUGAAAAGAAUAAAAGUUAUCAGGGAAGUUGAAUUAUCAGGUUCUGACCGCUCAAAGCUGACUGACUCACCUUCUGCUGAGGAAUGUUUGAAGCAUCUUUUGUGGCUAUCGGAUCCAGAUGCAGUUUAUGAGGCUGCUUUAGGACUUUAUGAUGUGAACCUUGCAGCUAUAGUUGCACUGAAUUCACAGAAGGAUCCAAAAGAGUUUCUUCCGUUUCUUCAGGGACUGGAAAGCAUGCCACCUAUCUUAAUGAAGUAUAAUAUUGACCUUAGACUGCAAAGAUUUGAAAAUGCUUUGCGACAUAUCAUUUCAGCUGGAGAUGGGUAUUAUCCAGAUUGCAUGAAGCUUAUGGAGAGUCAUCCUGAACUCUUUCCCGUUGGAUUAAAACUGAUUAGUGAUCCUGUUGAAAGGAGUCAAAUUCUUGAAGCUUGGGGUGAUCACCUGAGUUUCAUAAAAUGUUUUGAAGAUGCGGCUAUCACAUAUUUGCGUUGUUCUUGUAUGGAAAAAGCUCUGAAAGCUUAUCGAUCUUGUGGCAAUUGGAGUGGGGUUCUCACUGUUGCUGGUCUUCUGCAACUUGGGAAGGAGGAAGUCAUGCAGCUGGCACAAGAACUGUGUGAGGAACUCCAGGCACUGGGUAAACCUGCAGAUGCUGCAAAAAUAGCCUUGGAUUAUUGUGGUGAUGUGAAGGCAAGCAUUGGUCUUUUGGUCAGUGCUAGGGAGUGGGAUGAGGCUCUGAGGAUUGCAUUCCUUUACCAAAGAGAUGACUUAAUCUCAGAAGUUAAAAUUACAUCUCUUGAGUGUGCGAAUGCACUUGUUGGUGAAUAUGAGGAGGGUCUGGAGAAAGUUGGGAAAUAUGUGACACGGUACCUAGCUGUUCGUCAACGAAGGUUAUUACUUGCUGCAAAGCUCAAGUCGGAUGAGCGGUCAAUAAACGAAUUUGAUGAUGAAACGGCUUCAGAAGCCAGCAGUAACCUUAGUGGAAUGAGUGCAUACACCACCGGGACAAGGAGGGGUUCAGCUGCUUCCAUUAGUUCAACUUCUACCAAGGGGCGCGGUCGCCAACGAAAUAAGGGAAAAAUUCGCGCUGGGAGCCCUGGUGAAGAAAUGGCGUUGCUUGAACACUUGAGGGGAAUGACUUUGGCAUCCGGAGCCAAGACUGAGCUCAGAUCUCUUUUAGUUUCCCUUGUAAUGCUUGGAAUGGAUGACAUUGCUAGGAAGUUGCAGAAAGCUUGUGAAAUCUUUCAACUAUCCCAAAUAGCUGCAGUAAAAUUAGCUGAAGAUGCAAGUUUGACUGAGAGCAUGGAUGACCAAGUCUAUUCUAUGGAGCAUUACGUUCAGAAAGUGAGGAAAGAAAUGCAGGAUUUAGAUGCUUUUUCUUGGCAGUGUAAAGUUUUGGUUUGAAUUUGAAAAGAUAACAUUAUAAACUAGAUGAAUGAUUUAAGUCCUUUUGUCGAAGCUUUCAUUACAUCUCCUGAAAUGCUGCCGGUGCAUGAUUUGCAGAAGGGAUCUCCCAGAUGGAGAAAAUUGAGUUUCUUCAAACUUUUUUGGGAUACUUUAAUUGUUUUAAGCAGGCCAAGUAGCGGCUGUGCGUUCACUGUUUAAUUAGUAGGUUAGUUCCUAAAAAUCAAAAAUGUUCAGUUGCUUUUAUAUAAGAAGAGUUUCAUAACUGCUUCUGCAGACAGAUCCUGGAAAGUUGAAAACUAGCUUUUGUUGAUUUGUGUUAUGGAGACAGGUUGCUUUCAACUUGCAAGAAGGUUAACGAGUCUAUUUAAAAGAUUAGUUGCGCAAAACUAGAUGGAAUAAACGUGCUUUGUGCGUAUGCGAGUCAU